GCCCGUGAUAACAUACCAACAAAAUGAAAUUUGUAUUCCUUCUAUUUUCGGCAGUCAUCGCUUUGGCUAGUGCACGAGUGCAUCUAAUCAAAUUGAGAGACGUGGACUUGGCUGGAACACUCACGGGUGGACUCGAAACUGAUCCCAUUACUUUCUCAGUGAACGGAUACCCCGUGACACUAGGAGGAGCUGGACAAGGCGAUUUGACCGGAGCCGUAAAGGUGCACACCCCGAAAUCGAAGACGAUUCUGACUGGACCCAUUCCCUCCCCUGCUGCAGCCCGAAGCGGAUUUGAUAUUAUCGAAAUAGUGCCGGAAAGUAGGAAGAUGAAAUGGGACUGGCUGGGUACCCCCUUCUGGUAAGGAUCGCGUCGCAGGAAUAAUUUAUUUUAAAAUGAUUGUAACUAGUUUUUAAUAAAACUAUAGUAGUA